AAAAGAUUUCCGAAUCGUCCAUCGGUACGCGCGUCUAUCUCGAGUCAUACAGAUCAGUCAAUUAAAUUUUUUUCGCAUACCAUAUUGUGCACGAUUCAAUGGUGACAGCGAAAUACGAGUGAAGAAUCGUUGGCAUAUAACGAUAUUUGUAGUGCAUACAAAGUGACAUUUUUGCUGUUCCGUGAAGAACACGACUCGUAGCUGAUAAAGAUCAGUUCAAUUCUUCAAUGGAGAAGGAAUUUUAGGAUCAAUGCCAAUGCGGUUACUAUCAGUGGAUGAUAAGUUCUCUCUACGCGGAGAAACUUUGAAGAAAGCGGUACAGCAAGAUUUGGAGAAAGACCUUAUACCGUCUUAUCGCUACCUUAGGAACUAAAUGGCAAUCGUGCUUUUGACAAUGUCGACAAGAUGGGACCAAUAUGCAAAGAAUAUAACGUAUGGUUGCACAUUGACGUUGCUUACGCAGGGUGAUAACAGUUUGAUAAAGGAACUGUUAGACCGUCUGCAGGCUACAAAACAAAUUUAUUUCAUCGUCAGCAGGUAUCAGCAUAAACUUGUCGCUAGAUUCGUCGUAUGCAGGCGAUUAUGUCGUGAAGAAGAUAUUGCUUUUUCGUGGAAUGAAAUAAGGAGUUAGAUGACAGAAAUUUUGCGGGAAAAUUUUCAUAAAGAAUUGGUCCAAAAGAUCAUAAAAUCAACAGAUGAUAUUGCAACAAGUAUAGAAAAUUUAAACUGAGAAACAAAGAAAAUUUCGCAGAAAAUAACAUAAUUUUUAUCUUGAUCUGUAAAAUUUGCGCGAUUGACUUGUGUUAGAU